AUGUUUGACGUUUCUCCGAAGUGGAACCCAAUGAUGCCAUGGCUGAGUGGCAUCACAACUGAAAGCACGAUCGACCCACCGGCCACAACAUACAUCGUGACAGGGUCCGCCGGAAACGUCGAAGACCACGAAGCCUUCACGCGCCCAGCUCCGAAAAGGAGUGCCAAGCGUCUGAACACUUAUGGCUGGUCCAAGAUGACUGUCUACAACGCCAGCCACAUCUACUGGCAGCAGUUCCAGACAGAUUCGGGACAGCCUCCAAGCACCUGGGGCCAGGUCAUGGAUGCGACAUGGCUGGUCCAGAACCACCAUGGCCCCUUCUCACACCACCCGCACCUGAAGGAGGUGGAAAAUUCGGGGGUCGCAGGCUUGCGCCCUAUAGACACGAUCAGUGUCGACAUGUCUUUUUGGCCGGCAGGUCGCCGUCUGCAGAUGCAGUGCAAGCAUGCAGGCCACAAUCAGGCGCCUGUGUGCAGCGACCAAGAUCUUUCUAAGCAGAUGGUUUCCAAGGGGCGCUGGCAGUACACCAAGUCCAUCGACUCUGGAAACCCAGUGGACUUUGUUUAA